AUGGCAGCAGCAAAACCACACGCCCGCUUGGUUCAGGGCCACGCAGCUGCUAACGUCGGAUUGUUUCUACAGAGAAGCCUCUUCGCUCGCAGCGAGCGGGUGAAGGGCAUUGACUUUCACCCCACCGAGCCAUGGAUCCUCACGACGCUGUAUUCCGGCCAAUGCCACAUCUGGAACUUCGAGACCGGCCAGGUAGUCAAGACAUUCGAGCUCACCGACGUGCCUGUCCGCGCCGGACGCUUUAUCGCGAGAAAGAACUGGAUUGUCUGCGGCAGCGACGACUUCCAGAUGCGUGUCUACAACUACAACACGUCCGAGAAGAUUACAGGCUUCGAAGCUCACCCCGACUACAUCCGUGCCCUUGCCGUCCACCCAACCCAACCGUUUGUGCUGUCCGCUAGUGAUGACAUGACCAUCAAGUGCUGGGACUGGGAGAAAGGAUGGAAGUGUGUCCAGGUCUACGAGGGCCACAGCCACUAUGUCAUGGGCCUUGCCAUCAAUCCCAAGGAUACCAGUCUGUUUGCGUCCGCCUGUCUCGAUAGGACUGUCAAGGUCUGGUCGCUCGGCUCUAGCACCGCCAACUUCACCCUUGAGGCCCACGAGACGAAGGGCGUCAACUAUGUCGACUACUACCCCCAUUCCGACCGCCCCUAUAUCCUCACAACGUCGGACGACCGCACCAUCAAGGUCUGGGAUCUGACCACCAAGUCGUUGCAGGCCACUCUCGAGGGCCACACAAACAACGUCUCCUUCGCCGUCUACCACCCGGAGCUGCCGAUCAUCGUCUCCGGUUCCGAAGACGGCACCAUCAAGAUCUGGCACAGCGGCACCUACCGCCUGGAGCAGUCCUUGAACUACGGUCUGGAGCGCGCAUGGUGCGUGUCCUACCAGAAGGGCAAGCAGGGCGUCGGUGUUGGUUUCGACGAUGGUGUCGUCGUGAUCAAGAUGGGCCGCGAGGAGCCUGCCAUCUCCAUGGAUGCCUCCGGCAAGGUCAUUGCCGCCAAGAACAACGACAUUGUGUCUGCCAUCAUCAAGCCCGAUCCAUCCACCAAGGACAACGACCCCAUCAACCUGCAGACCAAGGACCUCGGCCAGUGUGAAGUCUACCCGCAGACCCUGCAGCACUCGCCCAACGGCCGCUUUGUGGCGGUCUCCGGCGACGGCGAGUACAUUAUCUACACUGCGCUGGCGUGGCGGCAAAAGGGCUUUGGCAGUGCCUUGGACUUUGUCUGGGCCAGCAAAGACAACAGCAACGACUACGCCGUCCGCGAUUCGCCGACGUCUGUCAAGAUCUACAAAAACUUUGUUGAGAAGUCCGGCGGCCUGGACGUCGGUUUCCAGGCAGACGGCCUCCACGGCGGUGUCCUGCUCGGUGUGCGCGGUGCAGGCGGCGUGUCCUUCUUCGACUGGGCGACAGGCAACCUCGUUCGCCGCAUCGAAGUCGAGCCGCGGGAGGUGUACUGGUCCGACAGCGGUGAGCUCGUAUGCUUGGCGUGUGAGGACACCUACUACGUCCUGCGCUUCUCCCGCGAGAACUACAUCGCUGCCGCCAACGCUGGCGAGGUCGACGACGAUGGCGUUGAGGCAGCCUUUGAGGUCAUUACCGACAUCAACGAGACGGUCCGUACCGGCAAGUGGGUCGGCGACUGCUUCGUCUACACGAAUAGCACAAACCGCGUCAACUACCUCGUCGGCGACCAAACGUACACUAUCUCGCACACCGAUUCUCCCAUGUACAUUCUGGGCUACAUCCAGAGAGACUCUCGAAUUUACCUCGCCGACAAGGAUCUGAAAGUUACGUCUUUGGCGCUGUCUGUGAGCCUGCUGGAGUACGAGACAUUUGUUCUCCGCGGCGAUCUGGAUGCGGCUGCUGAGCUGCUGCCAACCAUCGAAGAGAGCCAGCUGAACAAGGUGGCACGAUUCCUCGAGGGCCAAGGUCUCAAGGACCUCGCCUUGGAGGUCGCCACGGACCCCGACCACAAGUUCGACCUCGCUCUGUCGCUUAACCGUCUUGACAUUGCGCUCGAGCUGGCAAGAUCUGCCGCCGUCGAGCACAAGUGGAAAUCGGUUGGUGAUGCUGCACUCACGGCAUGGGAUAUCAACCUCGCUACGGAGUCGUUUACGCACUCCAAGGACCUGGGCUCGCUCCUGCUGCUGCACAGCUCCACGGGCAACCGUGAGGGCCUCGAGAACCUCGACAAGCUGGCCGUCGAGGCUGGCGCCUACAACAUUGCCUUCAACUGUCGUUGGCUGCUGGGUGACGUCGACGGCUGCAUUGAUACCCUCACCAAGACCGGCCGCCUGACCGAGGCUGCCUUCUUCGCGCAGACCUACAAGCCAAGUGCUGCGCCGGCUGUUGUUGCUGACUGGAAGCAGAGUCUCGAGAAGGCCAAGAAGGGCCGCGUCGCCAAGAUGAUUGCCGUGCCCGGCGAGGAUGACGAGCUGUUCCCUGCCUGGGACGAGUGGCUGCAGCUCGAGAAGGAGGGCGGCUCCGCUGACCCGACGACACUAACGGCCGCUGCGGCCGCCAACACCAACGGCGCGGGAAAGGAGGCGGAGGAGGCUGCGAACGAUGGGGAAACGGCAGCAGACCCCGAGGAAGAGGACGAGGAGUAA